AACCAGGAGCUACGUUUUGCUACAAUCUUUACAGUUUUUGAAAAAUAAGAUGUAGCAGCAUAUCGUGAGAGAGUACGUAAUCACAGUAGAGUUGUUUACAAAUAAUAAACCCGAAGAGUGACUUCAUUGAUAGAUAUAUAUUCAUUCAUAGGUGGAAGUGUUUAACAUUUAUAGCAGAGGGAAUUCUUCAGCCGCCAGGUUGUAUUGUUGGAAACACCUAAACGUGCCCCACGCGGCCACAUCUAUUUUCCAGUCAGCCAUCACAACUGUUACUGUGCCCUUUGCAGGCGUGCCCGCCCAGACUGAGUAUUAGCGGAAGAAUUGAGGUAGACCGUGCAGUGGGAGUAUUAUCUUCGACCAGCUGCUGAAGUUUAGUUUCAUUCUUCUUAUCCACUCUCUGCGACUGGGGUGCAAAGUUUGACUUUUAUACGAUUGUAGUAAAGUCGGGGCGACCCAUUCUCUGCACUCUACAAAACCGUUUUCUCUGCUGUAGCGUUGUGAUUUAACAACUCACGGACAUGGGGUCACUCUCAGGAGGCAUGAGCUGCAUCAAAUACCUCUUGUUUUUCUUCAAUUUUAUUUUUUGGCUUGCAGGAAGUGCAGUCUUUGCAAUUGCCCUUUGGCUUCGUCUUGACAAGGAUGCAUCCAGUUUAUCUGGUGGCUCUUCAGUCUCUAUUUUUAUUGGAGAGUACAUUCUGAUGGGAUGUGGAGGACUUAUGAUGCUGGUCGGCUUUUGCGGAUGUUGUGGUGCGGUGCAGGAGUCCCAGUGUUUACUUGGAACAUUUUUUACUUGCCUGUUGAUUAUUUUUGCUGCAGAAGUAGCUGCUGGAGUUUAUGGAUUUCUGAACAAAGAUGAGGUUGUGUCCUUGGUUAAAGAUACGUAUAAAGUUAUUCAGGAUGAGUACAUCACUGGCAAAGACAAUGACACAUUGCCAGCAGUCCACAAAUCAUUUAAUUGCUGUGGAGAUGGAAUAAACAUUAGCAAAAUCAACGACACAUGCCCUGAUAAUGGAAAGACACAUGACUGUAACACGAAAAUUGAAGAGAGUUUGAACAAAAAAAUGCACAUCAUUGGUGUAGUAGGGCUAGGAAUCGCAGGCAUUAUGAUCUUUGGCAUGAUAUUCAGCAUGCUUCUGUGUUGUGCAAUUCGCAAUUCAAGAGAUGUAAUAUAAGAACGAGUUCCUGUCUAAAGCUGGAUCUUCAGCAGGCAGUUCAGUUCUUGCAGAAUACUGUAUAUCUAGUAUGUUAAGUUCAGUGUAUUGCCCAUAACUGUUUUAAAACAAGUGCAUCUAUAUCAAAUGUUUGAAAAAUAAGUAUAAUGUGUUUAAAAUGGUUCAUUCACAAGUAAGAUGCAUUUUUUUAGUGUUUGUAAGUUCAGAAAAGUAAUGGACAGAUAUUUGUACAUGAUUUUAUGCAAUAAUGUUAUAAAGUACCAUAACUGAAUUGACUGCUUUGUUUGUACUUUUUGUAAGUGCCUUUACAACCAGUAAAAUGUAAUAGUACUGUAAAAAUGAAGUGUACAUUCAAAUCUUGUUUGUAGAACUGAUGCAGGGUCCUCCUAAACUCCAGACCCAAUGUUUAUUAAUCAUGAAGUGCAUUACUGUAUGCUUGCAUGCUGGAAACCUAAAUAUUAUCCUUUUUAUUAUUAAAAUUAUAAGUAAAUGUGUAAAAGAAA